CUUACCCUUUAAACCUCUAUGUGGCUAGCUAUCAAGCUAACUUCUUUGCUUUAAGUGCCAGAAUUAAUUGUGGGGUUAGUUAUAUUUCAGCCACUAUAUAGAUUAAUCAAAAAAUAAAAAGAAGCAAAAUGGAUCAUAACAAAUCGACUGCCAACGCUGAUAAAAUCCAUCAGAAUCGGCUGUCAAGUGUUUCAAUAGAUGAAGACCAAGAUGCAGCUUUGACAAUUGUGACUGUCCUAGACAAAGUAGCUACAAUAAUAGACAGCGUCCAAGAAAGCCAGAAGAGAAUAGAAGAGAGACAUCGAACAAUGGAAAAUACAAUCAAAUCUGUCCAGAUUGAUAUGUUGAAGCUUUCCCAGGCGCACAAUAACACAGGAUAUAUGGUAAACAAGCUGUUUGAGAAAACCCGGAAAGUCAGCGCCCAUGUGAAAGAAAUAAAAGCACGGGUGGAGAAGCACAGCCUAAAUGUGAAGAAAGUGGAAACCAAGCAAGAAGAAAUGCUCAGAAAAAACAAAUUUAGAGUGGUCAUCUUUCAGGAGGAAGUCCCAUGCCCUACAUCUCUCUCUGUUGUUAAGGAAAAAAGCCUACUUGAGGAUACACAAGAAGAUGAAUUCUGCCUUCCAGAUGAUCUCUCUUCGGAUGAAGAAUAUGAAAUUGAAGAAAGCAGAGCUGCUCAGUUUAAAAAGUCAGGAAAGAAGCAAAUUGAUAACAUUAAAAAGGCCUUCUCUAAAGAAAACAUGCAGAAGACAAGACAGAAUUUUGACAAGAAAGUAGACAGAAUUCGGACUAGAAUUGUGACUCCUGAGAGGAGAGAAAGGAUCAGACAGUCGGGAGAGAGACUGAGGCAGUCGGGAGAGAGACUAAGGCAGUCAGGAGAGAAACUGAGGCAAUCUUCAGGAGAAAGAUUGAAGCAGUCUGGUGAAAGAUUUAAGAAAACAAUUUCUAAAGCAACUCCAACAAAAGAAACUUUCAAGAUGCAUCUCCAUAAGAAAGGCAAAGAACGAACCACUGCAGAAGGACAAGAAGGAAUUCAGGAUAUGGGAGUGGAUAUUAUUGGCAGGAGUGGGCCUGAUGAAUCCCUAAAUGAGCUCUACACAGAAAUGGCAGCUACCACUGAGAAUGUACAAGGCAGAGAAGUAUAUCCUACACAAUCAGAAGAGGAAACCCAAAUUCCUAUGGAAAAUAUAGUUCUGCAGCCCCAAAUAAAAGGAAGUAAUGAUGAAUCCCUUUUGCUGGAUUUAAAACAAUCAACAUAAAGGGAACCAACCCAUCUUUGAUUGUGUCUGCUUCAUCAAACAAUUCUAAUUAGAAAAAAGUAGUAAUUUUUAUUUUUAACAUUAUAUAAAAUAGAUAAAUGCUAUUAUUUCACUUAAUGUAUUCCAGGCUAUCAAUUAUGUUUUAAUAAGCCAGGCAAUUUAAAAAUCUCAUUUUAUUGGCAUUUUUUCCCCUUCAGUGAGGAAUAAAAUACCAAUGAAUGAUAAAGCUUUUUUUGUUGUUGUUGUUUAGAUUAUUGGAUUUUGCCUUUCCCUUCACAAGUAUGGAAACAUCUUGAAUUUCUUUUCUCUCUUGUGAGGGAGGGAAGAGUUUCAAAGUAGGGAACAUUUGAUUAUCUAAAAGAAACAAAAGAAAUUGUUUAGCUGCUGUGGUCAUAUGCAAAUAAACUCUUGAUUUUUGGCUCAA